UCGACCGUAUAUAGCUCUAGGCAAUUUUCCUUCCACAGGGGAGGAACGCGCCCAGAUAGGGGAUUUUCUGCAUAGAGCAGAUUUCUCCUCCCCUCGCAGGGAGUCUCAGUCUUGUCCCAUCCCUAGCGCAUGCAAUCUCGUCAGCACCACCGAGUCGUGAAACGAAAUUCCGCCAUCGGCGUGUAACGAAUCCCGUUACCACCAGUCCACCACGGGUGAGCCUGCUCGUCCGUAGCAUGGUCCCUCCGCUCGGCAGCAUUUCUUUCGUGGCUCCGCUCUCCCCGUCGCCGCUGUCGCAAUCCCUUUCCAUGCGACACUAUCGCUGGGCUCUACUUGCCGUGCCUCUCGCGCCCGCUCUACUGCUCUCUAUCCCGCGCGCGCACGCCGUUUCCAUGGCGUCCGCUUCCGCUCCGUCAACGUCAACGUCGGCGGUUGCCGACCCGUCGACGUUCGGCUACCGGUCGACGGCGGAAGACGUGACGGCGGGCGUCGACUUGACCGGCAAAAUGGCGAUCGUAACGGGCGGCAGCAGCGGCAUCGGCACGGAGACGGCGCGAGUGCUGGCGCUGCGGGGCGCGUCGGUGGUGCUCGCGGUGCGCAACACGGAGGCGGGGGAGGCCGCCAAAGCCGCCAUUAUCAAAGACCUCGAGGGGAAAAUCGCGGCGGAAGCGGCGGCGGCGGCGGCGGGGGGGGUUCCGGCGGCGGUGCGGGAGCGCGUGAGCGUGAUGGCGCUGGACCUGGCGUCGCUCAAGUCGGUGCGCGCAUUCGCCGCGGAUUACCUGCGGCUCAACCGCCCGCUGCACGUGCUCGUCAACAACGCGGGUGUGAUGAUGUGUCCGUUCAUGCUGACGGCUGACGGCUAUGAGAACCAGUUCGGCACCAACCACGUGGGCCACUUCCUGCUCACCAACCUGCUGCUCCCAAAGCUCAAGGAGACGGCAAAGAAGGAGGGCACAGAGGCGCGCGUGGUGAUAGUGUCGUCCUCUGCGCACAGGAUGGCACCCCCCGGGGGCAUCCGCUUCGACGCUAUCAACUCCCCGGAGGGGUAUGACCCCAUCAAGGCAUACGGGCAGUCAAAGCUCGCGAAUAUCCUCCACGCCAGGGAGCUGGCGAGAAGACUCAAGGAGGAGGGAGCACCGGUGGCAGUGAACGCGCUGCACCCGGGGGUGAUCGACACCAACCUGAUGCGGCACAUGGCGCCGCCGGGGACCAUCUGGCACACCAUCAAAAAAGGAGCAUACGCCCUGGUGAUCCAGUGGUUUCUCAAGACCAUUCCCCAGGGCGCUGCCACGUCGUGCUUCCUAGCAGCGCACCCCUCGCUGGCGGGGGUGAGCGGGGGCUACUAUGCGGACUCACGGGAGGCGGAGAAGAGUGCAACUGACCUCAGCAAAGACAUGCAGCUGGCGGGGAAGCUGUGGGAGCUGAGCGAGCAGAUGGUCAGCAAGGAAUGAGCGUUGAGGCGCCUCAGUAUUUGAGGCUGUGGAGGCUAAACGAGGUCAUGGCCUGCAAAGAGUGAUUGCAAACUUCUGGGUGUCCCUAAUGAGUGGGGGCUGGGCUAACUACCGUAAUUUUGCCAAAUAAAAUCCUCUCAGGACCACAUUUAUGAUGGUUAGAGGGGUCGGAUGUUUUGUAUAAGCUAUAUUUUUUAGUGUGUAAAUGUUGACGUUCGUAGGAACAUAUAUGUAUAUAUACUGUAGCUUUAU